AUUACUGUUUCAUUACAUGUGUGAUGCCGUUGCAAAAUUCGGCGUGGCACUCCAUUCAUGGUAUGGGUCAUUUGCACGCUGGAUGUAUGGGGGACCAUCUUUGCCGUGGUGCCGUGUGUGCAUCUGUUGAGGAAAUAUUGGUUGCUCUGGCGCGCUUCCACAUCGAUCCGACAUUUACGGUUGUGUCUCAAAUAGUUUUGUGUAACGACUCGUGCAGUAAUUGAGUUUGAUACACCCCGGCCCGACACCAAAUUCUCUACUAUUAUCCCACCCCCCCUGUUUCUCAGUUACCGCAAUAGUCAACUUAUCC